AUGAAGGUGAUGUGGAAAUUCACCUUGAAAAUUUCUGAAGCACUGAGGAAGCCUGCCAUCCAGCAGACGAAAGCACCGAGCCUCAUCUGCGAAGGCCAGGAUGGUGUGACGUACAAGUGGACCUCGAGCAGGUGGCUGAUCGCCCCCGAAAAUGCCACCAUCAAGGAGCUGUGGCUGCCAGGGACUCGAGGAGAAAUGUGCGGUGUCUACGCCUGCACCGUGAGCAACAGCCUGAGCAAUGCCUCAGAGACGUACUCCGUCCUGCCUUUUGUUGUUGUCUGCAUGUGGUUUUGCUCUUAUUUCUCACUGUCAUUUUCUGUCAUAGAUUGGCCCUGUGGAAGGAGUCAUUUUCUUUGGGAACCUUUUGCCGGUAUAUUUAUCGCAGUCCUCUCCGUUGGGCUGGCUUUCUUAUUCAGAGAUGGCCUACCUCGAGAACGCCUCCAGUACCUGGGCCGUUGGGAAGGGUGUGGGGAGUGCCACCCAGACAAGUGCUUCACGGAGCUGCGGUGCCCGGCGGGGCGGGUGAAGGACGCCUGUGGGUGCUGCUGGGAGUGUGGGGGCGCUGAGGGGCAGCCCUGUGACCCGGACCCCUCCGCCAGACUCUACGGCCCCUGUGGGGAGGGUCUUCGCUGCCAAAUCCUGGAGCAGGAUCUGAUGUCCGGGGAGGCGCCUGAGCCGCAGUGCGUCUGUGUCCGGCAGGAGGUGCUGUGCGGGUCCGACGGGCACACCUACGAGAAUGCCUGUCAGCUCAGGGCCGCCCAGGAGCGUACGGCAGAGAACGGCAAACUGUCCAUGGACCACCAGGGGCCCUGCAAGGCCAAACCUGCUAUUGUGACUGCCCCUCGUGAUGUCACUGGGGUGGAAGGAAAUGACAUCAUCUUCAGUUGUGAGGUGUCGGCUUACCCAAUGGCCAUGAUUGAGUGGAGGAAAGAGGGGAACAGCGUCUUCCUGCCAGCAGAUGACUCCCACAUGGCAGUCCAGGCUCGCGGGGGGCCCCGGCGCUUUGAACUGACCGGCUGGCUCCAGAUCGAGAAUGUCCGGCAGCGUGACGGGGGUGUGUACACGUGCGCUGCCAGGAACGAGUUCGGAGAGGUGCAUGCGUCGGCCAGAUUGCAGGUUGUGGAGAAAGACGGGCGCUUGUCUGUUAGAGCGCCGGUGCGCUCGUCACCCCCGGAGACGGGAAAGUCCCAGCGAUGGCCGCUGUCAGCGACGGGGGGGGAGACAGUCACCCGCCGCUGCGUACGGCCCUCGGGCGGCGUGGCAGAGACAAACGAGGCCGAGAGCUCGGAUCGCGGAGAAUGCAUCACAUCAAAGAGCCCCUAA